UUUCUCGUUCUCAGGUCCUGCUGAUGUCUCCGCCUACUCCCGUGUGCCCAGGAGGACGUUACCUCGUCUCUAUCAGUGUUGAGGAUCGGCUGAAGGCUUUGUGAAAAUCAUGGCGGAUCAGGAAGCAUUGAAGUACAGUCCAAAAAAGGGUGCUGCUAGUCUUCAGUCUCUUCCAGACUUCAACCCCAGCUUGGACCUUCGCCGUCCUCGGGUACAGCCGACAGAGGAAGUGUCCGCCUGUAGUGGUGCUACUGGACUGAGGAAAGAUCUCCCUGCUUCCGGAGACCACCAGCUCCUCCUCUCCGAAGGAGCAGACGGCCCCAGAAUUGAGAGUGCUUUUAUCCUAAAACUCAAAGAUGAACUUGAUUCUGGAGACAUCCUGUUGGGAGAUGAGGAUGAAGACUCUGAUGAUGACCUUGAUGCCCUGUCUCUCUACGGUAUGUCGCCACCUCCAAGCAUACUCUUGGAUAAAGAGCUGACCCUGGACCUCUUCAACGACCUGAAGCAUCCAGACAAGAGCACGCAGACUGAAGUUUGGAGAUCUGACUGGCACCAGAGUUACAUGGCAGUAAUAAGUAGUGAGAAGUUCGACAGCCUGCUGAAGAUGUGUCCGGAUCUCUACGGCUGCAAGAGCCACAUGGCAGCAUUUGUCCUGAUGAGAGAAGUGCUGGACACAGCAGGGGGUCCAUGCGAGCAUUACAUGGUGGUGGCUUUGGGAGCUGGCCGCUCAUGCUGCAGCAAGUGGCUUUGCUACACUGGAACAAUGGUCCAUGACUGCCAUGCCAUCAUCAUCGCCAGACGGGCUCUCAAAAGGUUCCUGUACAAACAGCUUCUGCUGUUCUUUGAUGCCGAUCCAGAGGCCAAGCAGAACUGUGUAUUUGAGAGUAGUGCAGACAGCAACCAGCUCCAGCUCAAACCCAAGACCAGUCUGCAUCUCUACACCAAUCGGUGUCCUGAAGGAGCGCCUAAGAACUUCUACUUCAAGGGCCCUGUGAAUGAUAUCUGGAGCGCUGUGAAGCUGCAGUAUCAUGCCAAGGGCCUGCUGUUCCCUGUAGCAGACCUUGACCCAAGUGUGUGGGGUGCCAAGGUCUGCUGCAUGUCUGGUAGUGACAAAUUGUGCCGCUGGACUGUCACUGGGGUGCAGGGCGCAUUGCUGAGCCACUACAUCCAGCCACUCUACAUCAGCAGCAUGGUGCAAGGAGGCCAGCAGCUCUUAAGCGAGGAAGUGUCCGAUAUCACCAACAUGCGACUAGGGGACGGAUGGGAAGACAUCCUGCCGCCGUCCUACCAAAAACACAACAUCUUCUUUCUCUGUGGCGACUGCGUGGGGCCUGUUGUGACGUCCCCGCGGUGGCACGACGAGCUCAGCGUCAACUGGUGCCUCGGAGACAAGGGCGUUGAAGUUCUGGACUGUGGCAAGGGCUUCGUCAUUAAUGGCUCUCCGACUGUGAGUGGGCCGGGCUUCUCCAGCAGACUUUGCAAGAGAGCCCUCUACAGUUAUUUCCUCAAAGUCGCACGGCUGGGUGGGCCGAGCUAUCUGAGUGAUCUCCCCACCUACCACAGCGUCAAGGUGGAAGCCACCGUCUACCAGACGGUCAAGGAUCUGGUCAAGCAGCGGUUUCUGAGCAACCACGCAGGUCCCUGGAAUUCCAAAAAGCUGGUGGACUGCUUUAGCUCUUGAAUGUGCUCUUCGGUAACAUUGCAUGAAGAAGUUUAAGUUCCUCUCGAGAGAUUGUUUCCUGCUGUUUACUGUUUACUUCAUUUAUAACCUUUUAACAGUAAGUUUAGUUUUGUUCAUGUAUAAUGUUUCUCCUUUCGGAUUGUGUAUAGGUGUGAGAGAAAAAUAAAGGAGAAUCCUGCUGUU